AUGGAUCCUGGGGCAUCUUCCCCCCAGAAGCUGGAUAAAGACAACAUAGUGGAAGCACAUAAGUUACAGACUUGCUUCCCUCCUCAUUUCCUAGGCAUCAGCAGUACACGGCUUGGUGUAUGUGGCUGGAUCCUGUUUUCCCUGUCUGUCCUGUUGAUGAUCAUUACCUUCCCCAUCUCCAUAUGGAUGUGCUUGAAGAUCAUUAAGGAGUAUGAGCGUGCUGUUGUAUUCCGACUGGGCCGCAUCCAAGCUGACAAAGCGAGAGGGCCAGGUUUGAUCCUGGUCCUGCCCUGCAUAGAUGUGUUUGUCAAAGUGGAUCUCCGAACUGUUACCUGCAACAUUCCCCCACAAGAGAUCCUCACCAGAGACUCUGUGACUACUCAAGUGGAUGGAGUCGUCUAUUACAGAAUCCAUAGUGCUGUCUCGGCAGUGGCUAAUGUCAAUGAUGUCCACCAAGCCACAUUUCUGUUGGCUCAGACUACUCUGAGAAACGUCUUGGGGACGCAAACUUUGUCCCAAAUCUUAGCGGGCCGAGAAGAGAUUGCCCAUAGCAUCCAGACCUUACUUGAUGAUGCCACCGAGCUGUGGGGGAUCCGGGUGGCCCGAGUGGAAAUCAAAGACGUCCGGAUUCCCGUGCAGUUACAGAGAUCCAUGGCAGCCGAGGCUGAGGCUACCCGGGAAGCCAGGGCCAGGGUCCUUGCAGCGGAAGGAGAAAUGAAUGCUUCCAAGUCUCUGAAGUCAGCCUCCAUGGUGCUGACCGAGUCCCCCAUAGCCCUGCAACUGCGUUACCUGCAAACCUUAACCACGGUGGCCACAGAGAAGAAUUCCACCAUUGUGUUUCCUCUGCCCAUGAAUAUCCUGGAAGGCAUUGGUGGUGUCAGCUACAACAACCAUAAGAAGGUUCCUAACAGAGCCUGAGGGCUCCCUGCUGUAGCCAGCCAGUUGCUUUGGGAGCUGUUUCUAUUCAUCAGGAGAACCCAGCAGUUAGAAGUGGUGAGAAUAUCAAUAUUAUUGAAGCAGAGCCACUCCCCAGCUGGAGUAGCGUUAGCAAGGAAGUGCCAUAGAGGCUACAAAUGAUAAUAAUAAUAAUAAUAAUAAUAAUAAUGAGGUCUGUGUACUACUUUUAUUAUUCAAGAGCAUAAACAGCUUAUUAGUAAUCAGCUAGCAGGUCUUCCCUGAUUUAACGCAGGAGCUGUUUUUGCAGUAGGGGAGGAAAUCUUUGUGUGACUGCGACUAAGACUUAAGCUUUGUUUUUGAUUAGUUUGGGGAAGCUCUCUAGACAAUUUACAAAGUAACAUAGGCCUCCUAUUUAUACUAGGUAUUUGCUUUAUAAUUCCCAAGUAACUGUUUGCUAAAUCUCCAAUAAUUACAACAACCCCCCCCACCUCAAUGUUUGAAAUUCUGAUGGAUUUUUUAAAAAGUUUACUUAUU